AUGCAUCCAAUAAAUUGGAGUAAUGGAAUACACCUGGUUCAACUUUCGACAGAAGAUGAAGGGGAUUCCAGUACAUCCGACAAUGGUGAUAGUUCUAGAGAAAAUUCCCUAAAUAUUAAAAGGGGCAGACCAAGAUCAGAUGCAAUAUCAACUUUAAUUUCGGAAGGUGUCUCAUCUGAGAGUGAUAUCAGAUGUAAAAUUUGUGGCCGAGUGUUUCCCAGAGAGAAGUCAUUACAAGCGCACCUGAGAACUCAUACAGGUAGAUCUUCUCAGGUGUUAAGACUUGUAGUGCCUGGUCAAUUUACCGUUAUAAAAAGUCACGUGACACUAACUCGAUCUAUUGACAAUUUAGAAUAUGAAGCCAGGCGAGAGAGACCAUAUAAAUGUAAUUUCAACGGUUGUGGCAAAGCCUUCUGUCAAAGUGGUCAGCUUAAAACACACCAACGUCUUCAUACUGGAGAGAAACCUUUCAAAUGUUCCGUAGAAGGCUGUUCCAGUAGAUUUACACAUGCCAAUAGGCAUUGCUCAGAUCAUCCCUACGCUUCACUUCAACGACAAAAAUCAUCAUUACAUACACCAUCGUCAUCACCUUCCAAAUCAUUGGCGCCAUUAGUAGAAGUUGAAGUGGCCAGCCCGAUAAAACGUUGGCUAGCAAGACAUGAGGCAAUGGCAUGUGAUGAUUCAUUCAGUAAAGUAUCAUCAUCUCAUAAACGUAAAUUAGAAGAUACCAUAAGUGUUCAAGACAUCAGCCCUAAUAAGGUAGCCAAACAGAGAUAUGAAUUGUUAUAUAAUCUGCCGUCCAUUCCAGCAUAA